ACGAAAGUAGACCAUAAACAAUAACAAAAAAGCUCAAUCAACAUUAUUUCAAUUAUUCGAUUGUUUUUAAGUUUUCAACUUUAUGCCUAACAAGAUGCCAACCAAUGCCAAGGUUUUGAUACAUUAUGGUCCAUACGAAACUUGUGGUAUUGUGAUUCAUAGAGAAGCCAGGCUAGAGGGUUUACAGGAGGUAAUGGAGAAAGAUGGCCACACAGUAGAACUUGUACAGAUGUCAGACAGAAAUAGAGUAGAAAUUUGGGUGAAUGGAGAACUGAUAUUUGACUGUGAUAUACGAGAUUUAGAUUAUGGAGGAGAUGGAGAUUUGGAUGAGAAAUGUCACCAAGCUUUAGAAGCUGUCAGAAAGGCAUAUUAAAAUACUGUUUUAUCAGAGUCAGGGAUGGAUCUCGGCUCAAUUAGAAAUUUGCUGUGUUGUUCUUUCCAGACCAUUACUUACCAGUUUAUCUAUUUAUAUUUUAUGAUUUUUAUAGACGGAUUUUGAUUUUUUAAUUAUCUUGUGAUUCUUUAAAUGUAUUUGUUUUAAUUUUUGAUGUUUAAAAUCAUGACCAUUAAUUAACUUUACUAGGUGGUUUCGUAUUUAGAUUACUGUGUUCUAGAAAUUUAUUUGUUAAAAAGAGUUAUUUCCCUUGACACAAUUUGAACGUCUUAUUACUGCUGUUAUUUAUUAUCAGUAAAUGUUCUUGAUAUAAUGAUAAUAUUUUUAUGUUAAUUUAUGUAUAUUGAGUCUAUAAUCAUUACGAAUAUUUAAUGAUUGAUUUUAAUUUGUAUAAAAUAAACAUUUUU